GUCUGCUACUGUUUGCCGUAGUUGCCGGGUAUUGGAGGUCAGCUUGGAGGAGGCGUGCGUCUGAAAUAUUUCGUGCAAAAUGUCAUGAAAGUACAGAAAAUAAAGGAAUAUAGCGUUUUAAACAAUUAUGUAAUUUACAAAAAUGUGUAUCGCUGUUGAGCGUGGAACUUCAAUUGUACAAGAAGCGAGAGAAAAUAUAACAAAUUAACGGAUAAAUUCCUCCGUCCGUUUUGUCCUACAAAGAAAUAGGCGCCGAACACAGUUUGACAGCGUAGUCUAAACUGCGCAGGCCUGGCAUUAGAUAAACUGCUGUAGGGCGGCAUCAAAGAAUAUAUGAUAUUUAUGAAAGAACAAAGACUUUAUUGAUUUGUGAAUUAAAAAAACAGUUGCAAAUAUGAGGAAGGACGUGAGGAUAUUACUCGUUGGGGAACCCAAAGUGGGGAAGACGUCUCUGAUCAUGUCACUGGUCAGCGAGGAGUUCCCUGACGACGUUCCCCUUCGAGCAGAGGAGAUCACCAUCCCAGCAGACGUAACUCCAGAGAGAGUCCCCACACACAUAGUGGACUACUCAGAAGCAGAACAGUCAGACGAGCAGUUGUAUCAAGAAAUAUCAAAGGCAAAUGUUAUUUGCAUAGUUUACUCAGUCAACAACAAGAAGUCCAUUGAGAAGGUGACAAGUCAUUGGAUUCCCCUCAUAAACGACAGGACGGACAAGGAUAGCAGGGUACCACUGAUCCUGGUGGGGAAUAAGUCAGACCUGGUAGAACACAGCAGUAUGGAGACCAUCCUGCCCAUCAUGAACCAGUACUCUGACAUUGAGACCUGCGUGGAGUGCUCUGCCAAAAACCUGAAGAACAUCUCAGAACUGUUCUACUAUGCCCAGAAGGCAGUGCUCCACCCUACAGGACCCCUGUACUGCCCAGAGGAGAAGGAGAUGAAGCCGUCUUGCAUCAAGUCUCUAACUCGCAUCUUCAAAGUGUCGGACCUGGACAACGAUGGCAUCCUCAACGACAAAGAACUCAACUUCUUCCAGAGGACGUGUUUCAACAUGCCCCUCGCGCCCCAGGCCUUAGAGGAUGUCAAGAACGUGGUGAGGAAGAACAUGACGGACGGAGUUGAGGACAACGGACUCACUCUCAAAGGGUUCUUGUUUCUGCACACGCUUUUCAUCCAGAGGGGGCGUCACGAGACCACCUGGACGGUGCUGCGGAGGUUUGGGUACGACGACGACUUGGAGCUCCACCAGGAAUACCUGUUCCCCCUGCUAAAAAUACCUGCUGACUGCACCACCGAGCUCAACCACAACGCGUACCUCUUCCUCCAGAGUGUCUUCGACAAGCACGACAAAGACAGAGACUGUGCCUUGUCUCCAGAGGAAGUCAAGGACCUGUUCAAAGUGUUUCCCUACAUGCCUUGGGGUCCCGACGUCAACAACACAGUGUGUACCAACGACCAGGGCUGGAUCACCUACCAGGGUUACCUGUCACAGUGGACGUUAACCACGUACCUGGAUGUGCAGCGCUGCUUGGAGUACCUGGGCUACCUUGGCUACUCAAUCAUCUGUGAGCAGGAGUCCCAGGCAGCAGCCAUCACAGUGACCCGUAACAAGCGCAUCGACCUGCAGAAGAAGCAGACGCAGCGCAGCGUCUUCCGCUGUAACAUUCUGGGAGCCAGGGGGAGUGGCAAGACCAGCUUCCUGCAGGCCUUUCUGGGUCGCAACCUGCUGAAACAGCGGAAGAUCAGAGAAGACCAUAAAUCGUUUUACUCCAUCAACACCACGUAUGUCUACGGCCAGGAGAAGUACUUACUGCUUCAUGAGGUGAUGCCAGACUUUGACUUCCUCUCAGAGGAGGACCUGGCGUGUGACGUGGUCUGUCUGGUGUAUGACGUCAACAACCCGCGCUCCUUUGAGUACUGUGCCAAGGUCUACAAGCAAUACUUCAUGGACAGCAAGACGCCGUGCAUGAUGAUCGCCUCCAAGUCUGACCUGCACGAGGCGCGCCAGCACUACAGCCUGACCCCGCUGGACUUCUGCCGCAAGAACAAGCUGCACCCGCCCCAACCCUGGACCUGCAACACGGUGGACGCCCCCAACAAGGACCUCUACACCAAACUCACCACCAUGGCCAUGUACCCCCACGCCAAGCUCCGCUGCAUGUGUACCUGCAACAGGUGUACCUUCUGCAUCUGUCAGAACAUCCUCCGGUCCCAGCUACUGACAAAUAUCAAGGCCAAAUUCUACAGUGUUGUUCUGAACAGGCACAUGGCUCAGGCAGACCUGAAGAGCUCUACGUUUUGGCUAAGGGCAAGCGUGGGGGCAACUGUGUUUGCAGUCCUGGGCUUCGCUAUGUACAGAGCUAUCCUCAAACAACGAUGAUCAAGACAGACACAGGAUGCAUGAGAUGACCCGCCCCCCCACCGCCUAGUCUCUGCCCUUUGACCCCUCACCCCCUCCCUGAAAGAAAACAUGACCUCCAACAUCCCACAAUCCUCUGCUCCCCUUCCCCAAAAAAGAGACAACUACUGAAUGAAGCGGAACUUCCAGCCCAUCUGAACCAGCCCUGAUCCCACAUCCACCCUACCGGAGAAGGAACAAACCGGAGAAACCAUAGAUUGAUUUUAUAUAUUUGAAACAGAGAAAAAAACUUGUCAUCAACUGUUUUUUGUUUUUCUUUGGGGAAAAAAAUGUCACCACAAACUCACAUUGUUUUUUGAACACCAUCUAAUCAAUCUACUGCAGGCAUUCUGGUAUCGUGUGAUCUGGUCUAGUCUUGGGCUAUUUUCUUCUCCAGGUCAGACAGUAGUAGUUGCUGGUUGUUUUUAAAUCUGUGUAGAACCCGGCCUUUUUUCUCAGGUCAGUAUUAUAGCUAGCUGGUUUGACCCCCAGAGCCCAGGAGAAAGCAAAGAAGGCAGCCGCAUACAACUCACUACAAAAGGGACUGAAAAUAUUUGUUUAUAGAUGUGUGUGUAUAUAUAAAUAUAUAUAUUUGCUCGGGUACUUAGAGAAAUACCCAACUAGAUUACGGCGUGGACAAAGCUUGCCAGGAUCAAAGCAUUCAGUUCUGUAACACCUCAACAGUGAGCCUACAGGAAGAGCUGCAAGGUCAAAGCCAUUUGUAACGUUGAAAAGGUCAUGGGUUUCGUGCACGCGUUUCAAUUGCUAUUAAUUUAUUAACCUGUUUUAUUUGGUUUAUCAGUUUGGAAUGGUUUGUUCAGCAUUGCAUGAAACAGACGCACUUCAAGAGGAUAAUGCGUUCAUUUCCCAUGUGUUUUUGUAUAUCUAGUAUUAUCAAAGCCGUUAUUAAUAAUGACAUCCAUCAUUCACUUACUCUGAAAGACAAAAGACUACAACAUUAUCAUGACUGCUUCUUCCUCAACUUGUUUUAUUUGUAUUUUUCAUAUUAUGAUUCUAUUGGUCUGUUCCACUGUUAUGCCUCCAGGUUACACUAUGUUAUUAACAGCCAUGCAGUGCACCUCUGACUCCCUCCUUGGACCAUGGACGGAACUGUUUAUUCUCAUUGACUUUUCCAACAUUUACAAUAAAGAACUGUGUGAUCUGA